GAGAUUGGAUACACUCAAAAAGUCGACAAGGGUGCAGGCAAUGAAGAGCUAGAAGAUUACCACCCCAUUGAUCCAGUUCCAAGUUCAAAGGCAUCAGUAAGACCUGGACCUAUUCAGCAUGGCACACCUCUUAUGCCUUAUAUCCCAAAGCCUUCACCUCCUGGUAAUCCAAAGCAUGGUGGUUAUCCUUCGCCUACUUCCGAGCCCAUUCCAUGA